AUGCUUCGCUCGCCACAGCCGCGCUUUCCGCAGCAGGUUCCUGGCGGAUACUUGCAACAACAGCAGCAGCAGCCACCGCCGCCUCAAGCUCAACAGCAACGGUCGGCGAAUGUGCAGUCCCCCGCACAAGCAAAGCCGCCGCAGCAGAUGGAGCAUCAGGAUGUGGUUCACGAUACACAGUUUGACUACUAUGGACAGCUUCUUGCGACCGCAAGUUCCGAUCGCACUAUAGGCAUCCACGCCGUCCAAAACGGACAGGUGCAGCGUGUUGCCACCCUUACAGGCCACGAAGGGCCCGUCUGGAUGGUAAGUUGGGCGCAUCCACGAUUUGGCAUUGCCCUUGCCUCCGCCGGCUACGACCAUAAGGCAAUUAUAUGGAAAGAGGUGCACCAGGGCACGAAGCAGUGGGCUCCAGUGCACGUUAUUGACUGCCAUCAUGGUAGCGUUAAUGCUGUAAAUUGGUCCCCAGAAAGCCCAAUGGUAGCAACUGCCAGUAGCGAUGGAACCGUGGCGGUGACUGCGUACGAGGGUGGUGUCUGGCGUGAGAGCCUAAAACUCAGCAACAAUAGCAACAAUAUUGCCCAUGCGAUGGGGGCGACGAGUGUUUCGUUCGCGCCUGUUUGUCCCGCCCUGAGUGGUGUCGUAUUGUUGGCUUCUGGGGGCUGUGAUUCGCACGUGCGCUUGUGGUGCCUGCAUGAGGGAAACCCAACGGUGCAUCCCUUUGAGCUUUUGGACGUUUUGGACGCCCAUACCGACUGGGUACGUGAUGUUGCAUUUUCCCCUCUCUGCGGUGCAACGCGGCACGCCGUUAUCGCCUCUUGCGGGCAAGACAAGAGCGUUAUCAUCCACCGCAAGCCAUGGGACCAGGUAGAGGCGCUCACUCAGGAAAGACGGCAGAACAGUAGUGGAAGUGGGACGCAACUGCAGCCAACGAAGGAAGUUGGCGGAAAGUGGGAACGCAGCGUGGUGCUUUUUGACGAGCCUGUGUGGCGCCUGUCAUGGUCCCCGGCAGGGGAAAUGCUGGUGGUGACAACCGGCGACUCGGAGGUGUACAUCCUCCGCGAGAACGGAGAAUUCACGCAGCCGUGGCUGAAAACUCCCCUCAGCGAGUACCAAAACCAAUCACAGUAG